CAUAAUUUUAUUUAAUCUGCUUUAGGUUUGUCAAAUCGGUAAAUAUAACCUGAAAACUAUCAAAAAGCAAAACAAAUAAAAUAUUUUGGAUUUGAAUGGGAUACUAAAUAGAAAAAAAGUAUUCUCAUUAUGGUGACGCCCGAUUUUCAGAGUGAUGACUGGGAUUUACCAUGCUCAGACGACGAAAUGUCGAAAACUGGAUUGUUCAUUGGCAAAAGUUGGAUGCCCGAUCCCGCGGAAUUAGAAGACUUAUACAAAACAAUUGAAAAAACGGGCACUUUACCUUUGGAAUGGAAAUGUCCAGGUAGACGUGCUCCAUCACCAGUCCCAGUCUGCAAGGAUAACCAACCAGAAAUACCCGCUUCACCAAUAAGAGAGGAAAAGUCUGAUUUUGAUUUUAUGGAUGAAGUCAGUUCUUUGCGUUUGCGCGUCCGGAGAGAAGGAGAAGACACGUUAAGAGGUUCAGCAAAGAAAAAAACAACAUCUUUUGAUGGAAUUUUGUCUAAUAUGAUUAGGCACAAAAGAAUAGAGCAAAUGGAGAAACAGGCUAAUACUCCAUCUUCCUCGCCCAACACCUGAGAAUACGUCUUCACACAGAAGCAUUAUUUGGUUUAACUUUUUAUAUCAAGACAAAGAUCUAAUUGACUAAACAAAACUUAAAUCCUUAAAUGAAAGAAGACAAUGCCUUUCAAAGUAACAAUUUCUAGAAAUGUGCUAUGAAAUCUUACAAAUAUUAAAAUAUUUAAAUGAUUGGAUUGUUAGUAGUUUACUCCAAAGUGUCACUAAGGACCUGGAUGAAAUUAGGCAAAAAGAUAGAUUACUCCCUAGAAUAGCCUAUAAGCUACUUAUUAAUAUUUUUUUGUCUAAUGAACAAUAAUCAUCAUAUGUGGGUGACAUCUUAUUUAAACAAUUAUAGUGCUUUCAUAAUUUUUAUUGAACUCCACAAUA